GCGGGCGCGGGGCCGGGUACCCGGAACGCGUCCCGGGGCUGGCGGGUUGGGCGGGGGCGCGGCGCGAGCCGGGCAGGCAUCGGGAGGCAGCCCGGGGACAGGACCGAGCGGGGGCGGGGACCACAGCCGCCUGCGCGGUUCCGGGUGCUCCCGCGGCGCUGAGCCCUGGGCGCACUUGACCCGUGUCCGGCUGCGGGGAAGGGCGGGUCUGGGGAGAACCCCAAGCGCCGCGGCGUCUCUCCAGCCCUUCCUCUUCGCGGCCGCCGGAGCCACAGCCCGAGCCCGAGCCGGCGCCACCUCGCCCCCCGGCUCGCGUGCCCCUAGCCAUGGCUUUCGCCAAUUUCCGCCGCAUCUUGCGCUUGUCUACCUUCGAAAAGAGAAAGUCCCGCGAAUACGAGCACGUCCGCCGGGACUUGGAUCCCAACGAGGUGUGGGAGAUCGUGGGCGAGUUGGGCGACGGUGCCUUCGGCAAAGUUUACAAGGCCAAGAACAAGGAGACGGGUGCCUUGGCUGCCGCCAAAGUGAUUGAGACCAAGAGCGAGGAGGAGCUGGAGGACUACAUCGUGGAGAUAGAGAUCCUGGCCACCUGUGACCACCCCUACAUCGUGAAGCUGCUGGGAGCCUAUUACUAUGAUGGGAAGCUGUGGAUCAUGAUCGAGUUCUGUCCCGGGGGAGCUGUGGACGCCAUCAUGCUGGAGCUGGACAGAGGCCUCACCGAGCCCCAGAUUCAGGUGGUUUGUCGCCAGAUGCUGGAAGCCCUCAUGUUCCUGCACAGCAAGAAGAUCAUCCACCGCGAUCUGAAAGCUGGCAACGUGCUGAUGACUCUGGAGGGAGACAUCAGGCUGGCUGACUUUGGUGUGUCUGCCAAGAAUCUGAAAACUCUGCAGAAACGAGAUUCCUUCAUAGGAACGCCUUACUGGAUGGCCCCUGAAGUGGUGAUGUGUGAGACCAUGAAGGACACCCCGUAUGACUACAAAGCCGACAUCUGGUCCCUGGGCAUCACUCUGAUCGAGAUGGCCCAGAUCGAGCCCCCGCACCACGAGCUCAACCCCAUGCGGGUCCUGCUCAAGAUCGCCAAGUCGGACCCUCCCACGCUGCUCACACCGUCUAAAUGGUCUGUGGAGUUCCGAGACUUCCUGAAGACGGCUCUGGAUAAGAACCCAGAGACCCGGCCCAGCGCCGCACAGCUUUUGGAGCAUCCUUUCGUCAGCAGCGUCACCAGUAACAAGGCUCUGCGGGAGCUGGUGGCCGAGGCAAAGGCCGAAGUGAUGGAGGAGAUUGAAGACGGCCGGGAUGAGGCAGAAGAGGAGGACGCGGUGGAGGCCGCCUCUCCUCUGGGGAAUCACACUCGCAACUCCUCUGAGGUGAGUCAGCUGAGCCUCAAUGCCGACAAGCCUCUCAAAGAAUCCUCUCUCACUGCGCUGCCACCCAGCCAGCCUCAGGACAGUGUGAAUGGGCCCAGCCAGCCCUCUGCCUCUGGGGACAAAUCCCUCCAAAUCACCAGCCCCCCAGAGGUGGUGCCUGGAAAUGAGAAUGGCCUGGCAGUGCCCGUGCCCCUCCGGAAGGCCCGCCCGGUGUCCAUGGAUGCCAGAAUUCAGGUAUCUGAGGAGAAGCCAGCCACUGACCAGGGUGGGGACCUCAGUCCAGCAGCCAGCAGGUCCCAGAAGGCAAGCCAGAGCCGUCCCAACAGCAGUGCCCUGGAGACUUUGGGUGGCGAGAAGCUGGCCAACGGCAGCCUGGAGCUUCCUGCCCAAGCAGCUCCUGGCCCUUCGAAGAGGGACUCAGACUGUGGCAGCCUCUCCACCUCCGAGAGCAUGGACUACAGCGGCGCCUCCCUCUCUGCUGAUCUGUCCCUGAACAGAGAGACGGGCUCUCUGUCCAUCAAGGACUCAAAGCUGCACAAUAAAACCCUCAAGAGGACACGCAAGUUUGUGGUGGACGGCGUGGAGGUGAGCAUCACCACCUCCAAGAUCAUCAGCGAAGAUGAGAAGAAGGACGAGGAGAUGCGAUUUCUCAGGCGUCAGGAACUCCGAGAACUUCGGCUGCUCCAAAAAGAAGAACAUCGGAACCAGACCCAGCUGAGCAACAAGCAUGAGCUACAGCUGGAGCAGAUGCAUAAACGUUUUGAACAAGAAAUCAAUGCUAAGAAGAAAUUCUUUGACACAGAGCUGGAGAACCUGGAGCGCCAGCAAAAGCAGCAAGUGGAGAAGAUGGAGCAAGACCACGCUGUGCGCCGGCGGGAGGAGGCUAAGCGGAUCCGCCUGGAGCAGGAGCGGGACUACGCCAAGUUCCAGGAGCAGCUCAAGCUGAUGAAGAAGGAGGUGAAGAACGAGGUGGAGAAGCUGCCCAGGCAGCAGCGGAAGGAGAACAUGAAGCAGAAGAUGGAGGAGCAUGCGCAGAAAAAGCAGCUUUUGGACCGGGACUUCCUAGCCAAGCAGAAGGAGGACCUGGAGCUGGCGAUGAAGAGGAUCACGGCCGACAACAGGCGGGAGAUCUGUGACAAGGAGCGCGAGUGCCUCACGAGGAAGCAGGAGCUCCUUCGAGACCGGGAGGCGGCGCUGUGGGAGAUGGAGGAGCAUCAUCUGCAGGAGAGGCACCAGCUGGUGAAGCAGCAGCUCAAAGACCAAUACUUCCUCCAGCGGCACGAGCUAGUGCGCAAGCAUGAGAAGGAGCGUGAGCAGAUGCAGCGCUACAACCAGCGCAUGAUGGAGCAGCUGAAGGUGCGGCAGCAGCAGGAGAAGGCACGGCUGCCCAAGAUUCAGAGGAGCGAGGGCAAGACGCGCAUGGCCAUGUACAAGAAGAGCCUCCACAUCAACGGAGCGGGCAGCGCCGCUGAGCAGCGUGAGAAGAUCAAGCAGUUCUCCCAGCAGGAGGAGAAGAGACAGAAGUCGGAGCGGUUGCAGCAGCAGCAAAAACAUGAGAACCAGAUGCGGGACAUGGUGGCACAGUGCGAGAGCAACAUGAGUGAGCUGCAGCAGCUCCAGAAUGAAAAGUGUCACCUCUUGGUAGAGCAUGAAACUCAGAAGCUGAAGGCCCUGGAUGAAAGCCAUAACCAGAACCUGAAAGAAUGGCGGGACAAGCUUCGGCCACGCAAAAAGGCUCUGGAAGAGGAUCUAAACCAGAAGAAGCGAGAGCAGGAGAUGUUCUUCAAAAUGAACGAGGAGACAGAGUGCCCGAACCCCGCCACCCCAAAUAAGGCCACCAAGUUCUUCCCCUACAGUUCUGCGGAUGCUUCUUAACAGUCGCCCGGGGCUGUGGCGGGCGGGCGGGCGGGCUGGCGGACCUCUGGGGCCCUCCCAUUCUCUGUGAACAAGUAACUCAGGACCCCCUUCCCUCUUGCUUCCAUGCCAGCUUGAAUCCAGCCCCAGGCCCUGUGCCACCCCAGCUGUGCCCGACAGACCCAUCCAGUGUUCCUGACUUCUUGCUCAGGGUGGAGGGUGAGGUUUGGGGAUGUGCUGCCUGAUCCUAAUGUAUAUUCUGACUCUCAGGUCCCGUCAAGCUGUCAGUGAUCUGGGCUGUUGGUGGGGCCGGGGAGCAGGACUAGGUGCUUUGUGGCCUCGGGGCCCCUUCUGUUUGCCAAAACACCAGUUUUGCUGUCUGUGGGUACAAAGUGCUACUGAAGUCACCAUGGGUUCAUCCAUGUUAUAAUUCUUGGUGGUUUUUAGCCACUCCCUGCGGUGUCAGACAAGAACCACGGCUCCUAACAACCACUGUGGUUCCCAGUGGAGCCUGGUCUGUAGCCAGCUGCUCAGGGAGUGCGCUCAUACCUCCAAUCUGCUUUCCUCUUGAGACAACGUCUACAGUGGUGGGAUGGGGAGAGCCUGAACCACCCAUUCUGCUGAUCUCAGGUGUCCCAUGCCAUCUGUACCCACCCCCGCCAUGCACGCAUGCACACACAGACACACACACACACACAGUUUGGCCCCCAGCACCUACCCAGGCUUGCUACCACCCUGGGCCUCCUGUGCCAGGUGGAUUAGAGCAUGUUUGCUGCCUGGACCCGUGCCCCGGAGCAUGUUAGGUAGAGCCGUUGGUACUGGGGUGUGCUGGUGUUGGCACCAGAGGCACAGACAGCACAGGCUGAACCGCCAGCCUGCAAUUCCUUUUGGCCCCACACAGAUCCUGUGUUCUGGGGUAAAUUCCUCACCCCACAAGACUUUCGCAACCCAGUCAUUCUGUCGCACACUUGCCCAUCCUGUCUGCAGGUGACAGGGGCAGGCUGCUGCUCUCUGCCUUGUGUCCCGCCUAAUUCAGAGUCUGGCCUUACGCUUCAGACGGAGGCUGGCAGUCACUGGGACUUCUGUUCAGGGAGAAAAGGCAUCAUGGAGAAAACGUAGUGCUUCCUGCCUCCAGGAACCUGGCAGACACAAAGCUUCUGCAUCUCAGAUGGAAUCCGGGGCCUCUGAGUGACUCAUCUGGCUUCCCACGGAUUCUGAUCCCGACAGGCUGCAGAGUGUUGAUAACCCAAUAAAAGCAGAAGCUCAAACCGGCAUUCGGUUUACUUACAAAGAAAACUUUUUUUCACCUUUAUGUCUUCUUUGGGAAGAUACCUGCUUUAAAAAACAAACAAACAAAGCAGAAAACUGCAGGUGAUUUUAAGGAAUGAAAUAGGUGUACUGAGUCUGGGUGCUACUUUGCUGGUGAUGAGGUGGCUGACGCACUGUGGGAGGACUUUCUUUCUUCACUCCUAUAGGUUAAGGUCUGAUGCUUUAUCUUUCUAAGGCAAUUCCCUGGAGUUUUCUGAGCACUGGUGGUAACUGCAUCUUGGGAUGGGAGGUUAGCCAUUUAACAGGAAAAGGGACUUGGGGCUCCUACUUCUUACAGAUGCAGUAAAGAUAGUCUGGGAAGUAUCAGCGCGGGAAGGUGUUGGUCCCUGUGGCUUAGGGAGCACUCAGCUUUGCCUGCCUCAGGAGCAACAAUUUUCAGGUCUCACACAAAUGAGACAAGGGAAAUAAUGAUCCCCUGUGAGUCUCUCUGGUGCACAGGUGCUGGGAAAAAGGGAAUAGCAGCAGUGUAACUGCAGAACACAGACCCAGGUCCACCAGGCAGGGCCAGCAUUGGUGGAUGGUCAGGCAUUGACCAAUGACAGGGCUGAUGGGCUUUAAAAUACAGUCCUGCCUUUGUAGCCUGGAGUGUGAGAAUGAGUAUUAGAUGAAAUGCCUAUUUCAUGGUUCAAGGGGAAGUCUUUGAUCAUUCCCUUAUUUGGUUUGUCUUUCACUUUGGAAUCUCAUUCAGGGAGUUGCUGCUUCCUGCUCAGUGCUGCCCAAGCCCUACCAGCUCCCCUGUCCUUUCUGGUUGGGGUUUGGUUGGGUCUCCCAGCCUCACUCACAAUGGAGCCGGCGUGCAGAGCCCAUCACUGAGAAAGCCCAUGCAGUAUUCCCUGUGCUCUGUGCUCAUGUUUUCUCUGGAAGGGACAGGCGAAACUGUUUCUCAUUUUCAGUCAUUUUUUAGCAGAGUAAAUGUAACUAACUUAUAUUUUCCCCUUUAUGAAGGACAGAAGUUAUUUUUACGUAGUUUCCAAAUUUUAUACAGAAUUUUUGUAAAAUCUUCUCUGCAAAGUUAACUGCAAGAAUGUAAAUAUGCUUCUAAUAAAAUAACAAGGUGAGAAACUUUG